CGAAGAACCGCCACUGAUGCAACUAGAAUCUAUCCGUACUGAGCAUUCCCCUCGUGGCCAUCGCAUGUAAUUAAUGGCUGCCAUUGACUUUGGUACAAAAGCACCCCGAGCUACCACUGAACGUAGUCUGUCCUAGAAUAUAUGUAAGCAUCUGUGGUAUCGCCAGCCUCAUAAGCUUCCACAAUGAACAAGUUCUCUCCCAUCCUUCGAACACUGGCUCGUCAGCCUCUCCAGAGACAAGCUUUUCCUCGCCCAACAACGAGAUAUGUCCCAGUAGCUAUUCGUGCCUUUCACUGCACUCCUCCUCAACACAAUGCGGCACUGGGUCAGCCUCAUCUUCUACCAGAGUUCAGCCUCAAAGACAAAGCCAUUGUCGUGUCGGGAGGCGCGAGAGGUUUAGGUCUUGUUCAGAUUGAAGCUCUUAUUGAAGCCGGAGCUACUGUCCACGCUGUUGAUAGACUGCCCUCGCCAGUUGAGGAUCCAAAGUCCAACUUCUCACAAGUCUCAGACCGAGCGCGUAAACUUGGUACCUCACUUCAUUACCAUCAAGUCGAUGUAAGAGAUGUCCCAGAUCUCAAUCGCAUCUUCGAAGAUAUCGCCAAUGGCGCAGGUCGUCUAGAUGGUCUCAUCGCUGCUGCGGGUAUCAACCACGAAACACCAGCAAUUGACUACUCGAUGGAAGAAACCGAACGAAUGAUGAGCAUCAACUUCACCGGGGCUUUCAUGACUGCCCAAGCAGCUGCUCGUCAGAUGAUUCGUCUUAAACAGCCUGGUAGUAUUGUCAUGAUUGCCAGUAUGAGCGCAACCAUCGCCAACAAGGGCAUGCUCGCGCCCGUUUAUAACCCCUCCAAAGCUGCAGUCGUACAGCUUGCCCGUAAUCUUGCAAUGGAAUGGGGAGAACACGGCAUCCGCGUCAAUACCCUCUCUCCUGGCUACAUUCUAACCCAGAUGCUUCAAAAUCUCUUCAACGACUAUCCUGGUCGUCGCGAGAGGUGGCCCAAAGAGAACAUGCUCGGCCGUCUAAGCACCCCAGAAGAGUAUCGCGGUGCUGCUGUCUUUCUUUUGAGUGAUGCGAGUAGCUUCAUGACGGGUGCUGACCUUCGCAUGGAUGGUGGCCAUGCUGCGUGGUAGAGCCAUGUUGCAGAACGUAGGUUCUGGGCCAAAGCAAUUCAGUCGCAGCAACCUGGGCCUUGGAGGUAUGUUCUCGGGUAUCGUUUGUUGCUAUCUCUUGAGUGAGGAGAAACAUGAUAUUGUACAAUCGUAAUAUACUUGUCACAUCGUUCCUUGCGGAUAUCGUGACGACUUUCCAUCUAUUCCCUCGUUCCUUGCCCUCAGUUCGGACUUGUCACAUGCGAAAAGGUCUUCUCCUGUCCAAGUUUGCUCAACAGCCCAGGUUGUAUCCUUAAUCUUGACUCAAUCUCCUUCUCGGGUAUCCCUCGAUCGCGGAACUUCAUAGCAUCCACCAACGUCCUCAUAUCGAGGAAUCGUCGGCCCUCGCGUCCCAUGUUUGCGAAAUCUUCCUCCGCUUCGUCUUGUAGUCGAUCUCGAGCUGAGAGCGCUACGAGGGUUGGGUUGCUUCGACUCGGUGCAAAGCUAGGUCCUGGAGGAGCUGAAGGUCCGAGAGGGGUCGCGGCUGUAGACGAAGGAGAAUAUGUAGGGUUCGAGUCAGCAAUUCCCAUCUGGUGUAGACGGCGUGAGAAGUCGCCGGUUGGGAAGUCGGGGUCCAUAGCGUCAGCGCGAACAGCUACACAUACGAGUUAGAUGUUGCAGUAGACAUGAUAAGUUCCAAUCGAUCUACCGUCGUCUUUGGCACUGUUCCCCAAGGUUUUUGACUUUGGUUUGGGUGCCUCUGCCCUUGGUUGACGGGCUACUGCUUGCGGGACAGCAGCUCCAGGAGCUCGAGCAGGAUACUUUCGCGCUGCGCCUUUAGCGACUUUCGAAGACGAAGAGCCCAUUUUGUCUGACAGUAAUGGAUAGACGCAAAAUGUGAACAAAAAGAGUUGACAAUUUACAAAGACUGCGCGUUGGCGGGGAAGUAUAGAGCAAAAGUGGCGUCAAU